AUGUCUUCAAUAAACCAAUAUGAAUUAUUAAAAAAAGAUGGUUCAUGGAAAGAUCGUCUUAAAUAUGUUUUAUCAUUGACUGAUAAAAAUGAAAUAGAAAAACAUUUAAAAGAAUCAUCAUUGUCAUCUUAUGAUGAUUUAAAAAUUUUAAAAAAUAAAAUAUUGAAAGAUCUUCAUCGAGUCGAUUGUUUAAAAAAGUCUUCAUCAUUUUAUUAUGAUCUUGCUUGUCAUUUAACAGAAUCAAAUAAUCAUGAUCAAUAUAAUAUAGAUGCAUAUUUAGUACCAUUUUGUAAAUACGAUCAAAUAAUUGAUCUUUUAUCACGAUGGUCAUUAAAACGUGUUGAACAAAUUAGUGAUUUAAAUGAAAAUAAAAAUGAUUAUGAAAAAUUUUCAAAUUAUUUUCAUGAAAAUAAUAAAAUAUUUGAUUUAAUUGCAAAAAAAGAACCAAAAGGAUUGAUGAAUUUAACAAUUGAGUAUUUAAAUCAAUUAGAAAAACAUAAAAGAUUUUUACCUUAUUUUAUUCAUUGUCAAAUGAAACAUACAUCUAGCUGGUGUAAUGAAGGAUUUGAUUUCAGUUCACUUCAAAUACCUCGUUCAUUUUCUAUUGAGAAUUACGUUCGUUUAUUUCUUGCUUUAUAUGAUACAUGUAAAUGGUCAUCAAAUCAUACAAUUCGUAUAUUUGAAUAUAUUUUAGAAAAUCGACAACAGGCACUAAAAGGAAAUGAAGAUAGUCUUCGACCAUUUCAAAUGUAUCCAGAAUUUACAACACCACUUUCUAUUCAUAUAUUAUCACAAUAUGAACGUAAUGGAACAAGUUCAAAUGUUGAUCAACGUAUUAUAAAUUAUCCACUUUUUCUUCAAUGUGCUAUAUCAACAAAUGAACAAUAUGUUAAACAAGUUCUUGAAUGGAUUGAAAAAAGAUUUACUAAUGAACAAUUAAAUGUUAUUGAAAGUUUCUUAAAUAAAUUAACUUCAUAUAAUAUGCGAUUUAAUUUAGAAUAUUUAUCAAAUAAUAUUAAUUCAAUUCAAACUAUUAUUGAUAUUGCUAUUAAUCAUUUACAACAAUCAACAUAUACUUUACAAAUUAUUUUAUCUUAUGGAAUAUUUUUACUUCGAUCUGUUGAACAACAUCCAAAUAAACAACGAAAAGAAAUCAUUCAACAAUUUGCUAAGAAAAUUAUCAAACAGUAA